GUCUAGGUAGUUCUAAUCUUAUAUUGUCUUUUUAAGAAAAAUAUCCCCAAAUGUCAACAGUCAAGGUCGUAGUUGUUGGAGCAGGUGCGACUGGUGCACUGAUCUCAUCUUUACUACAAAGAACUCUUGGCAAGAAUCUGUCUGUGGAAGUAUGGGAUAAAGGUAGAGGGGUUGGUGGCAGAAUGGCAACUAGUCGUGUUGAUCAAAGUUCCAGUUUGUCUGUUGAUAUGGGUGCACAGUAUAUCAGCGUUGCAGAGGAAUACAUGAGAGAGCAUAAGAAUAUAUACGAUGAGUUGCAACAACAAGAGAUUUUAGCACCACUAAAAUGCAACGUGGAAGGUUUAGUGAAGAAAGAGGGUACACAAGAUUUUGUGAUGAGUCAUGGUAGCAAUUCUUUGCCCAAGUAUUUUUUGACGCAAGCUGGUUGUUCUGUUAAGAAAUCAACUACACUAGAAACGGUUGAUAUCAACCAAUCAAAAAUUCAACUGGUAUCAGACAACGUACAGGCAGAGGCUGAUAUAGUUGUCCUGACCAUGCCUGUUCCACAGAUACUUAAAUUAAAAGGAAAUAUAUCAUCGUAUGUUCGUCCAUACCAGAAGAAACUUAAAGCUGUAGAGUAUUCAUCGCGAUAUUCUUUAGGAUUGUUUUAUCCAGGUGCGUCCGUCCAUGCAGAUGUCGACUGGUGCUUUAAGUACGUCAACGACAAUCCGUGUUUACGAUAUGUUGCCAUAGAUACAGUGAAAAGACAAACAGAUCCAGCAGAAGGAUUAUCUGUGGUUGCACAUACAUCUGUUCCAUUUGGCGUGAAACACCUAGAAAAAUCUUUUGAGGACGUGCAACCUAUCAUAUUUGAAAAUUUAAAAACAAUUUUACCCAACCUACCCGAAGCCAAGCAUUCUAAAAUAGUACGAUGGAGAUACUCACAAGUAACAACACCCUACGAUGGAGAGCCUGGUUGUUUGGUUUUGAACAGAAAUCCUUUACUUGUUUGCGCAGGUGAUGGGUUUAAACAUUCAAAUUUGGACGGAUGUAUACAAUCCGCUCUUUCUGUGGUGGAUGCCAUAAAACGACAUUUGUCUCGAUAAUACGAACUAUCGAUUAAGAUAAACCAUUAAAUAAGUAAAAGUAAGUGAGGCUAGUAUGUGCUGUUACCAUAGUGUUUUUCUCGCCCUAUGUAAUGUGAGCCAUUGAACUCUGUUGUAAGAUCUCUUUUGUCUGUUCAAUAUGGCUGCCUGCAGGUUUAAUCUGGAUCCCCCGCAGAGUAAAUGAUUUGCUGACGAACGAUCUAGUGGGGUUUUUUUACAGACUUUGACAAAACUGACUUUGGAAUACAAAUAUACAAAAUUCUGCGACAUGUUGCGUUUCCGAUAUGAAUAAAAUAUUUGUUAUUUAUCAUGUAAUGUUUUUGUGUUUUUGACGAAAUCUUUUUUGAUAAAGUUAAUACUACUA